AGGGGUUACAGGGGGUUACAGGGGGUUACAGGGGGUUACAACGGGUUACAAGGGGUUACAUCGGGUUACAAGGGGUUACAAGGGGUUACAAGGGGAUACAAGGGGUUACAAGGUGUUUCAAGGGGUUACAAGGGGCUACAAGGGGUUACAUGGGGUUACAAGGGGUGACAGGGGGUGAAAAGGGGUUACAGAGGGUUACAAACGAUUAUAGAAACUUUUUUCUAACUAGAACGUUCCCAGAUACUUUUUCUUAAUCUAUUUUGCAAAAAAAUCAAAGUUGGAGAAAUCUCAAAUUUUUUAUCAAAACGAUGGACUAACUUCUUUGGAAAAAUUCUAAUUUUGCGAUUUUCGUACAAAGUUGUUUUUAUAGUCUUUAAAGGCUUUUUUUGUAUCUAGAAGGUCAGAAAACACUUUUUCUCGAUCCAUUUUUGAUAAACACACAACAUGAAAAAUCUUUAACUUUUUGACCAAACCAUGGACUAACCCCUUUGCAAAAAUGCCAAUUUUGUGGGUUUUUGAAAGCGAUGUUUUUGUUGUUCAGAAAGGCUUGUUUGCUAUAUAAAACGUCGAGAAUCGUUCUUUCACGAUUUAUUUUCACGAUCUGUGACCUGGGAAUACAGGGGUUACACGGAGUUACAGGAGGUUACAGGGGGUUACAAGGGGUUACAAGGGGUUACAAGGGGUUACAGGGGGUUACAAGGGGUUACAAGGGAUGACAGGGGUUGACAAGGAAUUAAAGGAGGUUAGAGUGGAUUAUAGAAACUUUUUUCUAACUAGAACGUUCCCAGAUACUUUUUCUUAGUCUAUUUUGCAUAAAAAUAAAAGUUGAAGAAAUCUAAAAUUUUUGAUAAAAACGAUGGACUAACCCCUUUGGAAAAAUUCCAAUUUUGUGUUUUUCGUACAAAGUUGUUUUUAUAGUCUUUAAAGGCUUCUUUUUUAUCUAGAACGUCAGCAAACACUUUUUCUCGAUCCAUUUUUGAUAAACACAAAAGAUAAAAAAACUUCAACUUUCUGACCAAAAUCAUGGACUAUCCCCUUUUGCAAAAAUGCAAAUUUUGACUUCUUUUUAAAUCCAUGUUUAUAUUCUCUAAGAAGCCUUGUUUUCUAACGAGAACGUCACCAAAUACUUUUUCUGGGUGUAUUUUGCAUAAAACGAAACGGUCACAAAAUUUCCAAUUUUUGACCAAAACCAUGGACUAACCCCUUUUAAAAAAUGCCAAAUUUUUGCCUUUUUGAAACCGAUGUUUUUGUUGUUCAGAAAGGCUUGUUUCCUAUAUAAAACGUCGAAAAUCGUUUAUCCACGAUCUAUUUUCACGAUCUUUGGCACGGGAAUAACGGGCUUACAAGGGGUUACAGGGGGUUACAGGGGCUUACAGUGGGUUACAGGGGGUUACAAGGGCUUAGGAGGGGCUACAGGGUGGUACAGGGAGUUACAAGGGGUUACAGGGGGUUGCAAGGGGUUAAAAGGGGUGACAGGGGGUGACAAGGGGUUACAGGGGGUUACAAAUAAUUAUAGAAACUUUUUUCUAACUACAACGUUCCCAGAUACUUUUUCUUAGUCCUUUUUGCAUCAAAAUCAAAGGUGAAGAAAUCUCAAAUUUUUGAUCAAAACGAUGGACUAACCCCUUUGGAAAAAUUCCAAUUUUGCGUUUUUCGUACACAGUUGUUUUUAUAGUCUUUAAAGACUUCUUUUUUAUCUAGAACGUCAGCAAAAACUUUUUCUCAUCCAUUUUUGAUAAACACAAAACAUGAAAAAACUUCAACUUUUUGAGCAAAAUCAUGGACUAUCCCCUUUGCAAAAAUGCCAAUUUUGCCUUCUUUUUAAAUCCAUGUUUAUAUUCUCUAGGAAGGCUUGUUUUCUAACGAGAACGUCACCAAAUACUUUUUCUGGGUGUAUUUUGCAUAAAACGAAACGUUCACAAAAUUUCCAAUUUUUGACCAAAACCAUGGACUAACCCCUUUGCAAAAAUGCCAAUUUUGUGGGUUUUUGAAAGCGAUGUUUUUGUGUUCAGAAAAGCUUGUUUAGUAUCUAAAACGUGGAAAAUCGUUUUUCCACGAUUUAUUAUCACGAUCUAUGACAUGGGAAUAGAGUGGGUUACAACGGAUUACAAGGGGUUAAAGGGGCUUACAGAGGUUACAAGAGGUUACAAGGGGUUAAAAGGGGUUACAAGGGGUUAAAAGAGGUUACAAGCUGUUACAAGGGGUUACAAGGGGUUACAAGGGGUUACAGGGGGGUUACAAGGGGUUACAGGGGGGUACAAGGGGUUACAAGGGGUUACAAGGAGUUUAAAGGGGUUACAUGGGGUUACAGGGGGUUACGAGGGGUUACAAGGGGUUAAAAGGGGUUACAAGGGGUUACAGGGAGGUUACAAGGGGUUACAAGGGGUUGCAAGGGGUUACAAGGGGUUACAAGAGGUUACAGGGGGGUUACAAUGGGUUACAAGGGGUUACAAAGGGUUACAUGGGGUUACAAGGAGUUACAAGGGGUUACAAGGGGUUACAAGGGGUUGCAAGGGGUUACAAGGGGAUACAUGGGGUUACAAGGGGAUACAGGGGAGUACAGGGGGUUACAAGGGGUUACAAGGGGUUACAAGGGGUUACAUGGGGUUACAAGAAGUUACAAGCGUUUACAUGGGGUUACAAGGGGUUAAAGGGGGUUACAGGGGGUUACAGGGGGAUACAAGGGGUUACAAGGGGGUACAUGGGGUUACAAGGGGUUACAAGGGGUUACAAGGAGUUACAUGGGGUUACAAGAGGUUACAAGGGGUUACAAGGCGUUAUAUGGGGUUACAUGGGGUUACAAGGGGUUACAGGGGGUUACAGGGGGUUACAGGGGGUUACAACGGGUUACAAGGGGUUACAUGGGGUUACAAGGGGUUACAAGGGGUUACAAGGCGUUACAAGGGGUUACAAGGUGUUUUAAGGGGUUACAAGGGGUUACAAGGGGUUACAUGGGGUUACAAGGGGUGAGAGGGGGUGAAAAGGGGUUACAGAGGGUAACAAACGAUUAUAGAAACUUUUUUCUAACUACAACGUUCCCAGAUACUUUUUCUUAGUCCUUUUUGCAUCAAAAUCAAAGGUGAAGAAAUCUCAAAUUUUUCAUAAAAACGAUGGACUAACCCCUUUGGAAAAAUUCCAAUUUUGCGUUUUUCGUACACAGUUGUUUUUAUAGUCUUUAAAGGCUUCUUUUUUAUCUAGAACGUCAGCAAAAACUUUUUCCCAUCCAUUUUUGAUAAAUACAAAACAUGAAAAAACUUCAACUUUUUGAGCAAAAUCCUGGACUAUCCCCUUUGCAAAAAUGCAAAUUUUCCCUUCUUUUUAAAUCCACGUUUAUAUUCUCUAAGAAGGCUUGUUUUCUAACGAGAACGUCACAAAAUACUUUUUCUGGGUGUAUUUUGCAGAAAACAAAAGGUUCACAAAAUUUCCAAUUUUUGACCAAAACCAUGGACUAACCCCUUUGCAAAAAUGCCAAUUUUGUGGGUUUUUGAAAGCGAUGUUUUUGUGUUCAGAAAAGCUUGUUUAGUAUCUAAAACGUGGAAAAUCGUUUUUCCACGAUUUAUUAUCACGAUCUAUGACAUGGGAAUAGAGUGGGUUACAACGGGUUACAAGGGGUUACAGGGGGUUACAGAGGUUACAAGGGGUUACAAGGGGUUACAAGGGGUUACAAGGGGUUACAAGGGGUUACAGGCGUUACAAGGGGUUACAAGGGGUUACAAGGGGUUACAAGGGGUUACAAAGGGGUUAAAGGGGGAUUACAAGGGGUUACAAGGGGUUACAAGGGGUUUUAAGGGGUUACAGGGGGUUACAAAGGGUUGCAAGGGGUUACAAAGGGUUACAAGGGGUUACAUGGGGUUACAAGGGGUUAUAAGGGGUUACAUGGGGUUACAAGGGGUUACAGGGGGUUACAGGGGGUUACAAGGGGUUACAACGGGUUACAAGGGGUCACAAAAUACUUUUUCUGGGUGUAUUUUGCAUAAAACGAAACGUUCACGAAAUUUCCAAUUUUGGACCAAAACCAUGGACUAACCCCUUUGCAAAAAUGCCAAUUUUGUGGGUUUUUGAAAGCGAUGUUUUUGUGUUCAGAAAAGCUUUUUAGUGUCUAAAACGUGGAAAAUCGUUUUUCCACGAUUUAUUAUCACGAUCUAUGACAUGGGAAUAGAGUGGGUUACAACGGGUUACAAGGGGUUACAGGGGGUUAAAGAGGUUACAAGAGGUUACAUGGGGUUACAAGGGGUUACAGGGGGUUAAAAGGGGUUACAAGCUGUUACAAGGGGUUACAAGGGGUUACAGGGGGGUUACAAGGGGUUAUAAGGGGUUACAAAGGGUUACAUGGGGUAACAAGGGGUUACAAGGGGUUACAAGGGGUUACAAGGAGUUACAUGGGGUUACAAGGGUUUACAAGGAAAUACCAGGAGUUACAAGGGGUUACAUGGGGUUACAAGGGGUUACAGGGGGUUACAGGGAGUUACAAGGGGUUAAAAGGGGUUACAAGGGGUUACAUGGGGUUACAAGAAGUUACAAGGGUUUACAUGGGGUUACAAGGGGUUACAGGGGGUUACAGGGGGUUAAAGGGGGUUACAAGGGGUUACAAGGGGUUACAUGGGGUUACAAGGGGUUACAGGGGGUUACCGGGGGUUACAUGGGGUUAAAAGGGGUUACAAGGGGUUACAUGGGGUUACAAGGGGUUACAGGGGGUUACAAGGGGUUACUAGGGGUUACAGGGGGGUUCAAGGGGUUACAAGGGGUUACAAGGGGUUACAAGGGGUUACAAGGGGUUACAAGGGGUUACAAGGGGUUACAAAGGAUUACAAGGGGUUACAUGGGGUUACAAGACGUUACAUUGGGUUACAAGGGGUUACAAGGGGUUACAUGGGGUUACAAGGGGUUACAAGGGGUUACAUGGGGUUACAAGGGGUUACAGGGGGUUACCGGGGGUUACAUGGGGUUGAAAGGGGUAACAACGGGUUACAUGGGGUUACAAGGGGUUACAGGGGGUUACAAGGGGUUUCUAGGGGUUACAGGGGGGUUCAAGGGGUUACAAGGGGUUACAAGAGGUUACAAGGGGUUACAUGGGGUUACAAGGGGUUACAAGGGGUUACAAGGGAUUACAAGGGGUUACAUGGGGUUACAAGGGGUUACAAGGGGUUACAGGGGGUUACAAGGGGUUACAAGGGGUCACAAGGGGUUACAAGGGGUUACAGGGGGUUACAAGGGGUUACAAGGGGUUGCAAGGGGUUACAAAAGAGGUUACAGGGGGGUUACAAGGGGUUACAAGGGGUUACAAAGGGUUACAUGGGGUUACAAGGGGUUACAUGGGUUUACAAGGGUUUACAAGGGGUUACUAGGGGUUAAAAGGGGUUACAUGGGGUUACAAGGGGUUACAGGAGGUUAAAGGGGGUUACAAGGGGUUACAAGGGGUUACAUGGGGUUACAAGAAGUUACAAGGGUUUACAUGGGGUUACAAGGGGUUACAGGGGAGUUACAGGGGUUAAAGGGGUUACAAGGGGUUACAAGGGGUUACCUGGGGUUACAAGGGGUUACAAGGGGUUACAAGGGGUUACAAGGGGUUACAUGGGGUUACAAGGGGUUACAAGGGGUUACAAGGGGUUACAAGGGGUUACAUGGGGUUACAAGGGGUUACAGGGGUUACAGAGGGUUACAAGGGGUUACAAGGGGAUACAAGGGGUUACACGGGGUUAAAACGGGUUACAAGGGGUUACAUGGGGUUACAAGGGGUUACAGGGGGUUACAGGGGGUUACAGGCGGAUACAAGGGGUUACUAGGGGUUACAUGGGGUUACAAGGGGUUUCAAGGGGUUACAAGGGGUUACAAGGGGUUACCUGGGGUUACAAGGGGUGACAGGGGGUGAAAAGGGAAUACAGAGGGUUACAAACGAUUUUAGAAACUUUUUUCUAACUAGAACGUUCCCAGAUACUUUUUCUUAAUCCAUUUUGCAAAAAAAUCAAAGUUGGAGAAAUCUCAAAUUUUUUAUCAAAACGAUGGACUAACCUCUUUGGAAAAAUUCUAAUUUUGCGUUUUUCGUACAAAGUUGUUUUUAUAGUCUUUAAAGGCUUUUUUUGUAUCUAGAACGUCAGAAAACACUUUUUCUCGAUCAAUUUUUGAUAAACACAAAAGAUAAAAAAACUUCAACUUUCUGACCAAAAUCAUGGACUAUCCCCUUUGCAAAAAUGCCAAUUUUGCCUUCUUUUUAAAUUCAUCUUUAUAUUGUCUGGAAAGGCGUUUUCUAACGACAAAGUCACCAAAUACUUUUUCUGGGUGUAUUUUGCAUAAACCGAAACGUUUACCAAAUUUCCAAUUUUUGACCAAAACCAUGGACUGACCCCUUUUCAAAAAUGCCAUUUCUGUGCGUUUUUGAAACCGAUCUUUUUGUUGAUCCGAAACGCUUGUUUGCUAUAUAAAACGUGGAAAAUCGUUUUUCCACGAUUUAUUUUCACGAUCUUUGGCAUGGGAAUAACGGGGUUACAAGGGGUUACAGGAGGUUACAGGGGGUUAAAAGGGGUUACAACCUGUUACAAGAGGUUACAAGGGGUUACAAAAGGGAUUACCGGGGGUUUCAAAAAGGGUUACAAGGGGUUACAAGGAGUUACAAGGGGUUACAUGGGGUUACAAAAAGGGGUUACAAGGGGUUACAAAGGGUUAAAAGGGUUACAGGGGUUACAAGGGGUUACAAGAGGUUACAGGGGGUUACAAGGGGUUGAAAAGGGGUUACAAGGGGUUACAAGGGGUUACAAGGGGUUAGAGGGGGGUUACAAGGGGUUACAAGCGGUUGCAGGGGGUUACAAGGGAUUACAGGGGGGUUACAAGGGGUUACAAGGGGUUACAAAGGGUUACAUGGGGUUUCAAGGGGUUACAAGGGGUUACAAGGGGUUACAUGGGGUUAGAAGGGGUUACAAGGGGUUACAAGGGGUUACAAGGGGAUACAGGGGGUUACAUGGGGUUAAAAGGGGUGACAGGGGGUGACAAGGGGUUACAAGGGGUUACAUGGGGUUACAAGGGAUUACAGGGGGUUACAGGGGGUUACAGGCGGUUACAAGGGGUUACAAGGGGUUACAAGGGGUUACAUGGGGUUACAAGGGGUUUCAAGGGGUUACAAGGGGUUACAGGGAGUUACAUGGGGUUAAAAGGGGUGAGAGGGGGUGACAAGGGGUUACAGAGGGUUACAAAGGAUUAUAGAAACCUUUUUCUAACUAGAACGUUCCCAGAUACUUUUUGUUAGUCUAUUUUGCAAAAAAAUCAAAGUUGGAGAAAUCUCAAAUUUUUGAUCAAAACGAUGGACUAACCCCUCUGGAAAAAUUCUAAUUUUGCGUUUUUCGUACAAAGUUGUUUUUAUAGUCUUUAAAGGCUUUUUUUGUAUCUAGAAGGUCAGAAAACACUUUUUCUCGAUCCAUUUUUGAUAAACACACAACAUGAAAAAUCUUUAACUUUUUGACCAAACCAUGGACUAACCUCUUUGCAAAAAUGCCAAUUUUGUGGGUUUUUGAAAGCGAUGUUUUUGUUGUUCAGAAAGGCUUGUUUGCUAUAUAAAACGUCAAGAAUCGUUCUUUCACGAUUUAUUUUCACGAUCUAUGACCUGGGAAUACAGGGGUUACACGGGGUUACAGGAGGUUACAGGGGGUUACAAGGGGUUACAAGGGGUUACAAGGGGUUACAGGGGGUUACAAGGGGUUACAAGGGAUGACAGGGGGUGACAAGGAAUUACAGGAGGUUAGAGUGGAUUAUAGAAACUUAUUUCUAACUAGAACGUUCCCAGAUACUUUUUCUUAGUCUAUUUUGCAUAAAAAUCAGAGUUGAAGAAAUCUCAAAUUUUUGAUAAAAACGAUGGACUAACCCCUUUGGAAAAAUUCCAAUUUUGUGUUUUUCGUACAAAGUUGUUUUUAUAGUCUUUAAAGGCUUCUUUUUUAUCCAGAACGUCAGCAAAAACUUUUUCUCGAUCUAUUUUUGAUAAACACAAAAGAUGAAAAAACUUCCAACUUUUUGACCAAAAUCAUGGACUAUCCCCUUUGCAAAAAUGCCAAUUUUGCCUUCUUUUUAAGUCCAUGUUUAUAUUGUCUAGAAAGGUUUGUUUUCUAACGAGAACGUCACCAAAUACUUUUUUUGGGUGUAUUUUGCAGAAAACGAAACGGUCACAAAAUUACCAAUUUUUGACAAAAACCAUGGACUAACCCCUUCUCAAAAAUGCCAAAUUUUUGCAUUUUUGAAACCGAUGUUUUUGUUGUUCAGAAAGGCUUGUUUCCUAUAUAAAACGUCGAAAAUCGUUUAUCCACGAUCUAUUUUCACGAUCUCUGGCACGUGAAUAACGGGCUUACAAGGGGUUACAGGGGGUUACAGGGGGUUACAGUGGGUUACAGGGGGUUACAAGGGCUUAGGAGGGGCUACAGGGGGUUACAGGGGGUUACAAGGGGUUACAAGGGGUUACAGGGGGUUGCAAGGGGUUACAAGGGGUGACAGGGGGUGACAAGGGUUUACAGGGGGUUACAAAUAAUUAUAGAAACUUUUUUCUAACUACAACGUUCCCAGAUACUUUUUCUUAGUCCUUUUUGCAUCAAAAUCAAAGGUGAAGAAAUCUCAAAUUUUUCAUAAAAACGAUGGACUAACCCAGUUGGAAAAAUUCCAGUUUUGCGUUUUUCGUACACAGUUGUUUUUAUAGUCUUUAAAGGCUUCUUUUUUAUCUAGAACGUCAGCAAAAACUUUUUCCCAUCCAUUUUUGAUAAAUACAAAACAUGAAAAAACUUCAACUUUUUGAGCAAAAUCCUGGACUAUCCCCGUUGCAAAAAUGCAAAUUUUGCCUUCUUUUUAAGUCCAUGUUUAUAUUGUCUAGAAAGGUUUGUUUUCUAACGAGAACGUCACCAAAUACUUUUUUUGGGUGUAUUUUGCAUAAAACGAAACGGUCACAAAAUUUCCAAUUUUUGACCAAAACCAUGGACUAACCCCUUCUCAAAAAUGCCAAAUUUUUGCAUUUUUGAAACCGAUGUUUUUGUUGUUCAGAAAGGCUUGUUUCCUAUAUAAAACGUCGAAAAUCGUUUAUCCACGAUCUAUUUUCACGAUCUUUGGCACGGGAAUAACGAGCUUACAAGGGGUUACAUGGGGUGACAGGGGGUUACAGGGGGUUACAGGGGGUUACAAAGCCUUAGGAGGGGCUACAGGGGGUUACAGGGGGUUACAAGGGGUUACAGGGGGUUGCAAGGGGUUAAAAGGGGUGACAGGGGAUGACAAGGGGUUACAGGGGGUUACAAAUAAUUAUAGAAACUUUUCUCUAACUACAACGUUCCCAGAUACUUUUUCUUAGUCCUUUUUGCAUCAAAAUCAAAGGUGAAGAAAUCUCAAAUUUUUCAUAAAAACGAUCGACUAACCCCUUUGGAAAAAUUCCAAUUUUGCGUUUUUCGUACACAGUUGUUUUUAUAGUCUUUAAAGGCUUCUUUUUUAUCUAGAACGUCAGCAAAAACUUUUUCCAUCCAUUUUUGAUAAAUACAAAACAUGAAAAAACUUCAACUUUUUGAGCAAAAUCCUGGACUAUCCCCGUUGCAAAAAUGCAAAUUUUGUCUUCUUUUUAAGUCCAUGUUUAUAUUCUCUAGAAAAGCUUGUUUUCUAACGAGAACGUCACCAAAUACUUUUUUUGGGUGUAUUUUGCAUAAAACGAAACGGUCACAAAAUUUCCAAUUUUUGACCAAAACCAUGGACUAACCCCUUCUCAAAAAUGCCAAAUUUUUGCAUUUUUGAAACCGAUGUUUUUGUUGUUCAGAAAGGCUUGUUUCCUAUAUAAAACGUCGAAAAUCGUUUAUCCACGAUUUAUUUUCACGAUCUUUGGCACGGGAAUAACGGGCUUACAAGGGGUUACAGGGGGUUACAGGGGGUUACAGUGGGUUACAGGGGGUUACAAGGGCUUAGGAGGGGCUACAGGGGUUACAGGGGUUACAAGGGGUUACAAGGGGUUACAGGGGUUGCAAGGGGUUACAUGGGGUGACAGGGGUGACAAGGGCUUACAGGAGGUUACAAAUAAUUAUAGAAACUUUUUCUAACUACAACGUUCCCAGAUACUUUUUCUUAGUCCUUUUUGCUUCAAAAUCAAAGGUGAAGAAAUCUCAAAUUUUUCAUAAAAACGAUCGACUAACCCCUUUGGAAAAAUUCCAAUUUUGUGUUUUUCGUACAAAUUUGUUUUUAUAGUCUUUAAAGGCUUCUUUUUUAUCUAGAAAAUCAGCAAACAAUUUUUCUCGAUCCAUUUUUGAUAAACACAAAAGAUAAAAAAACUUCAACUUUCUGACCAAAAUCAUGGACUAUCCCCUUUGCAAAAAUGCCAAUUUUGCCUUCUUUUUAAAUUCAUCUUUAUAUUGUCUGGAAAGGCGUUUUCUAACGACAAAGUCACCAAAUACUUUUUCUGGGUGUAUUUUGCAUAAACCGAAACGUUUACCAAAUUUCCAAUUUUUGACCAAAACCAUGGACUGACCCCUUUUCAAAAAUGCCAUUUCUGUGCGUUUUUGAAACCGAUCUUUUUGUUGAUCCGAAACGCUUGUUUGCUAUAUAAAACGUGGAAAAUCGUUUUUCCACGAUUUAUUUUCACGAUCUUUGGCAUGGGAAUAACGGGGUUACAAGGGGUUACAGGAGGUUACAGGGGGUUAAAAGGGGUUACAACCUGUUACAAGAGGUUACAAGGGGUUACAAGGGAUUACCGGGGGGUUUCAAGGGGUUACAAGGGGUUACAAGGAGUUACAAGGGGUUACAUGGGGUUACAAGGGGUUACAAGGGGUUACAAAGGGUUAAAAGGGGUUACAGGGGGUUACAAGGGGUUACAAGGGGUUACAGGGGGUUACAAGGGGUUGAAAGGGGUUACAAGGGGUUACAAGGGGUUACAAGGGGUUAGAGGGGGGUUACAAGGGGUUACAAGGGGUUGCAAGGGGUUACAAGGGAUUACAGGGGGGUUACAAGGGGUUACAAGGGGUUACAAAGGGUUACAUGGGGUUUCAAGGGGUUACAAGGGUUACAAAAGGGGUUACAUGGGGUUAGAAGGGGUUACAAGGGGUUACAAAAGGGGUUACAAAAGGAUACAGGGGUUACAUGGGGUUAAAAGGGGUGACAGGGGUGACAAGGGGGUUACAAGGGUUACAUGGGGUUACAAGGGAUUACAGGGGUUACAGGGGUUACAGGCGGUUACAAAAAGGGUUACAAGGGGUUACAAGGGGUUACAUGGGGUUACAAGGGGUUUCAAGGGGUUACAAGGGGUUACAGGGAGUUACAUGGGGUUAAAAGGGGUGAGAGGGGGUGACAAGGGGUUACAGAGGGUUACAAAGGAUUAUAGAAACCUUUUUCUAACUAGAACGUUCCCAGAUACUUUUUGUUAGUCUAUUUUGCAAAAAAAUCAAAGUUGGAGAAAUCUCAAAUUUUUGAUCAAAACGAUGGACUAACCCCUCUGGAAAAAUUCUAAUUUUGCGUUUUUCGUACAAAGUUGUUUUUAUAGUCUUUAAAGGCUUUUUUUGUAUCUAGAAGGUCAGAAAACACUUUUUUCUCGAUCCAUUUUUGAUAAACACACAACAUGAAAAAUCUUUAACUUUUGACCAAACCAUGGACUAACCUCUUUGCAAAAAUGCCAAUUUUGUGGGUUUUUGAAAGCGAUGUUUUUGUUGUUCAGAAAGGCUUGUUUGCUAUAUAAAACGUCAAGAAUCGUUCUUUCACGAUUUAUUUUCACGAUCUAUGACCUGGGAAUACAGGGGUUACACGGGGUUACAGGAGGUUACAGGGGGUUACAAGGGGUUACAAGGGGUUACAAGGGGUUACAGGGGGUUACAAGGGGUUACAAGGGAUGACAGGGGGUGACAAGGAAUUACAGGAGGUUAGAGUGGAUUAUAGAAACUUAUUUCUAACUAGAACGUUCCCAGAUACUUUUUCUUAGUCUAUUUUGCAUAAAAAUCAGAGUUGAAGAAAUCUCAAAUUUUUGAUAAAAACGAUGGACUAACCCCUUUGGAAAAAUUCCAAUUUUGUGUUUUUCGUACAAAGUUGUUUUUAUAGUCUUUAAAGGCUUCUUUUUUAUCCAGAACGUCAGCAAAAACUUUUUCUCGAUCUAUUUUUGAUAAACACAAAAGAUGAAAAAACUUCCAACUUUUUGACCAAAAUCAUGGACUAUCCCCUUUGCAAAAAUGCCAAUUUUGCCUUCUUUUUAAGUCCAUGUUUAUAUUGUCUAGAAAGGUUUGUUUUCUAACGAGAACGUCACCAAAUACUUUUUUUGGGUGUAUUUUGCAGAAAACGAAACGGUCACAAAAUUUCCAAUUUUUGACCAAAACCAUGGACUAACCCCUUCUCAAAAAUGCCAAAUUUUUGCAUUUUUGAAACCGAUGUUUUUGUUGUUCAGAAAGGCUUGUUUCCUAUAUAAAACAUCGAAAAUCGUUUAUCCACGAUCUAUUUUCACGAUCUUUGGCACGGGAAUAACGGGCUUACAAGAGGUUACAGGGGGUUACAGGGGGUUACAGUGGGUUUCAGGGGGUUAUAAGGGCUUAGGAGGGGCUACAGGGGGUUACAGGGGGUUACAAGGGGUUACAAGGGGUUACAGGGGGUUGCAAGGGGUUACAAGGGAUGACAGGAGGUGACAAGGGUUUACAGGGGGUUACAAAUAAUUAUAGAAACUUUUUUCUAACUACAACGUUCCCAGAUACUUUUUCUUAGUCCUUUUUGCAUCAAAAUUAAAGGUGAAGAAAUCUCAAAUUUUUCAUAAAAACGAUGGGCUAACCCCUUUGGAAAAAUUCCAAUUUUGCGUUUUUCGUACACAGUUGUUUUUAUAGUCUUUAAAGACUUCUUUUUUAUCUAGAACGUCAGCAAAAACUUUUUCCCAUCCAUUUUUGAUAAACACAAAACAUGAAAAAACUUCAUCUUUCUGACCAAAAUCAUGGACUAUCCCCUUUGCAAAAAUGCCAAUAUUGCCUUCCUUUUAAAUCCAUGUUUAUAUUCUCUAGGAAGGCUUGUUUUCUAACGAGAACGUCACCAAAUACUUUUUCUGGGUGUAUUUUGCAUAAAACGAAACGUUCACGAAAUUUCCAAUUUUUGACCAAAAGCAUGGACUUACCCCUUUGCAAAAAUGCCAAUUUUGUGGGUUUUUGAAAGCGAUGUUUUUGUGUUCAGAAAAGCUUCUUUAGUAUCUAAAACGUGGAAAAACGAUUUUCCACGAUUUAUUAUCACGAUCUAUGACAUGGGAAUAGAGUGGGUUACAACGGGCUACAAGGGGUUACAGGGGAUUACAGAGGUUACAAGGGGUUACAAGGGGUUACAAGGGGUUACAGGGGGGUUACAAGUGGUUACAAGUGGUGACAGGGUGUGACAACGGGUUAAAGGGCGUUACAAAGGAUUAUAGAAACUUUUUUCUAACUAGAACGUUCCCAGAUACUUUUUCUUAGUCUAUUUUGCAUAAAAAUCAAAGUUGAAGAAAUCUCAAAAUUUUGAUCAAAACGAUGGACUAACCCCUUUGGAAAAAUUCUAAUUUUCCGUUCUUCGUACACAGUUGUUUUUAUAGUCUUUUAUAGCUUCUUUUUUAUCUAGAACGUCAGCAAAAACUUUUUCUCGAUCUAUUUUUGAUAAACACAAAAGAUGAAAAAACUUCCAACUUUUUGACCAAAAUCAUGGACUAUCCCCUAUGCAAAAAUGCCAAUUUUGCCUUCUUUUUAAGUCCAUGUUUAUAUUGUCUAGAAAGGCUUGUUUUCUAACGAGAACGUCACCAAAUACUUUUUUUGCGUGUAUUUUGCAUAAAACGAAACGGUCACAAAAUUACCAAUUUUUGACCAAAACCAUGGACUAACCCCUUCUCAAAAAUGCCAAAUUUUUGCAUUUUUGAAACCGAUGUUUUUGUUGUUCAGAAAGGCUUGUUUCCUAUAUAAAACGUCGAAAAUCGUUUAUCCACGAUCUAUUUUCACGAUCUUUGGCACCGGAAUAACGGGCUUACAAGGGGUUACAGGGGGUGACAGGGGGUUACAGUGGGUUACAGGGGGUUAUAAGGGCUUAGGAGGGGCUACAGGGGGUUACAGGGGGUUACAAGGGGUUACAAGGGGUUACAGGGGGUUGCAAGAGGUUACAAGGGGUGACAGGGGAUGACAAGGGGUUACAGGGGGUUACAAAUAAUUAUAGAAACUUUUUUCUAACUACAACGUUCCCAGAUACUUUUUCUUAGUCCUUUUUGCAUCAAAAUCAAAGGUGAAGAAAUCUCAAAUUUUUCAUAAAAACGAUGGACUAACCCCUUUGGAAAAAUUCCAAUUUUGCGUUUUUCGUACACAGUUGUUUUUAUAGUCUUUAAAGACUUCUUUUUUAUCUAGAACGUCAGCAAAAACUUUUUCACAUCCAUUUUUGAUAAACACAAAACAUGAAAAAACUUCAACUUUCUGACCAAAAUCAUGGACUAUCCCCUUUGCAAAAAUGCCAAUUUUGCCUUCUUUUUAAAUCCAUGUUUAUAUUCUCUAGGAAGGCCUGUUUUCUAACGAAAACGUCACCAAAUACUUUUUCUGGGUGUAUUUUGCAUAAAACGAAACGUUCACGAAAUUUCCAAUUUUUGACCAAAACCAUGGACUAACCCCUUUGCAAAAAUGCCAAUUUUGUGGGUGUUUGAAAGCGAUGUUUUUGUGUUCAGAAAAGCUUGUUUAGUAUCUAAAACGUGGAAAAUCGUUUUUCCACGAUUUAUUAUCACGAUCUAUGACAUGGGAAUAGAGUGGGUUACAACGGGUUAAAAGGGGUUACUGGGGGUUACAGAGGUUACAAGGGGUUACAAGGGGUUAGAAGGGGUUAAAGGGGGUUAAGAGGGGUUACAAGCUGUUACAAGGGGUUACAAGGAGUAAAGGUUAGAGGGGGGUUACAAGGGGUUACCAGGGGUUAGAGGGGGGUACAAGGGGUUACAAGGGGUUACAAGGGGUUAAAAGGGUUACAUGGGGUUACAAGGGGUUACAAGGGGUUACAAAGGGUUACAAGGGGUUACAUGUGGUUACAAGGGGUUACAAGGGGUUACAGGGGGAUACAAGGGGUUACAAGGGGUUGCAAGGGGUUACAAGGGGUUACAGGGGGGUUACAAGGGGUUACAAGGGGUUGCAACGGCUUACAAGGGGUUACAAGGGUUUACAGGGAGGUUACAAGGGGUUACAAGGGGUUCCAAAGGGUUACAUGGGGUUACAAGGGGUUAAAAGGGGUUACAAGGGGUUACAAGGGGUUACAUGGGGUUACAAGGGUUUACAAGGGGUUACUAUUGGUUACAAGGGGUUACAUGAGGUUACAAGGGGUUACAGGGGGUUAAAAGGGGUUACAAGGGGUUACAAGGGGUUACAUGGGGUUACAAGGGGUUAUAAGGGGUUACAAGGGGUUACAAGGGGUUACAUGGGGUUACAAGGGGUUACAAGGGGUUACAAGGGGUUACAUGGGGUUACAAGGGGUUCCAGGGGGUUACAGGGGGUUGCAAGGGGUUACAAGUGGUUACAAGGGGUUUCAUGGGGUUAAAAGGGGUUACAAGGGGUUAAAUGGGGUUACAAGGGGUUACAGGGGGUUACAAGGGGUUACAGGCGGUUACAAGGAGUUACAAGGGGUUACAAGGGUUACAUGGGGUUACAAGGGGUUUCUAGGGGUUACAGGGGGGUACAAGGGGUUACAAGGGGUUACAAGGGGUUACAUGGGGUUACAAGGGGUUACAAGGGGUUACAAAAGGGUUACAAAAGGGGUUACAAGGGGUUACAAGGGGUUACAAGGGGUUACAGGGGGUUACAAGGGGUUACAAGGGGUUAAAAGGGGUUAAAAGGGGUUACAGGGGGGUUAAAAGGGGUUAAAAAAAGGGUUGCAAGGGGUUACAAGGGGUUACAGGGGGGUUACAAGGGGUUACAAGGGGUUACAAGGGGUUACAUGGGGUUACAAGGGGUUACAAGAAGUUACUAGGGGUUAAAAGGGGUUACAUGGGGUUACAAGGGGUUACAGGGGGUUACAGGGGGUUACAGGGGGUUACAAGGGGUUACAAGGGGUUACAUGGGGUUACAAGGGGUUACAAGGGGUUACAAGGGGUUACAAGGGGUUACAAGGGGUUACAAGGGGUUACAUGGGGUUACAAGGGGUUACAAAGGGUUACAGGGGUUACAAGGGGUUACAAGGGGUUAUAAGGGGUUACAGGGGGGUUACAAGGGGUUACAAGGGGUUGCAAGGGCUUACAAGGGGUUACAGGGGGGUUACAAGGGGUUACAAGGGGUUACAAAGGGUUAAUGGGGGUUACAAGGGAUUACAAGGGGUUACAAGGGGUUACAAGGGGUUACAAGGGGUUACAUGGGGUUACAAGGGG